AUGCUUUUAGGGAAAAAUCACGUUAAAAAGGUUUCAAAAAAGUGCAACUUUUUUUCAGGACGAAGACGAAUACUCGUCCGGAGAUUGGACUGAAGGCGAUGAGGAAUGUGAGCAAACCAAUUCUUGUUCAAAUUUUCAAAAAACAAAUUCCAGACGCUUCGGGCGAAGAAGAAGAAGAAGAAGAAGAGUACUCGGUGUCCCAAACGUUUUCGCUGAAAGACCACAUAAACCUGGGCGACCUGUAUCCGCUGGCCACCUCCGCUUCGAACACUUCGGCGCUCGUUUCCGAGUUCUCCGACGGAGACACCUUCUUGGCGGAUGCUCGGAAAGAGGAAUCGCGUGGCCGGGUGGACAGUCUGUUCGCUGUGCCGGCGCCCACUUUCACGUGCAGUGUCACCUACGACGGACAGAUUCCCGGCGAGGAGGAAGAAGAAGAAGAGGAGGAGUGGUCCGAUGAGGUGCACUCUUGCGAAGAAGGAGACGACGACGACUUUCGAGGCAAGAGGGCUUCACUCUUUCAGAAAAUUGCUUUGAUAGAUGUCGAAACAUUGAAACAACGCAACGCGUGCACCAGAGUUGAGCGGAAAUGGAAUUUUGAAAUCCGGAGACGGCAGAAGGCAGACGGAAGAAAAUUUUUUUUUACGGAACACGGAAGACGGAAGACGGAACAAAAAAAUCCACGGAAGACGGAAGACGGCAGACGGAAUUCCGCUCAACUCUGGCGUGCACUAGGCUGGUCGAACAGGCGAUUUUAGGCGCCUGUUAGCGUGCACUUUUUUGCAUUUUUUGACAUCGUUUUGUGUCCCUUUGUUAGUUUACAUAAUAAUGGACUAAUUCCCAAAAAAGCAAGUGAAAGGUAUCAGUAUUUCUCCGACGGCACACAUCCGAAGUCUCGGAACGCGGAGUGCGGCGCGCUCUCCAAGCCUUGUUCUGUGCGCCAAAACUUCAGAUGCGUGCCGCCGGAGAAAUACUGAUUCCUUUCACUUGCUUUUUUUGGAAAUGAGUCCAUUAUUAUGUAAACUAAGAAAGAGACACAAAAAGAGCACGCACGAAACAGCCAUAUUUCGAAAAAAGUUGGCUUGAGUCUGCAGGGGCGAUAACAAAUUAAAAGAACCGUUGAAACAGUAUCGAUUUUCAGUGCUGCCGAUAAUCCGUGCGGGAUCCUCCUCGCUCGGCGCCUACAUGUCGCCCGGAUCGAUGACUUCCGAAGAGGAUUACGACGGUCGGACGGUCGGAUGCACACUGAAACUGGUGGAUCGGGCGGCGCGGAAGGAAGAGGAUUCGGAGGAGGAAUCCGAAUAUUACGACGAUGAAGAGGAAAUUGAGGACGAGGAAUCGUACGAGGAUGAAGAGUAUUGGGACGAGGAAAUUGAGUAUGAGGAUGAAGAAUAUGAAUAUGAGGAAGAAGAAGAAGAAGGAGAAGAGGGAGAAUUGGAAGAGUACAUUGACGAGGAGGAGGAGGAGGAAUCACUGAAAAGUGUCGAAUCAUCAGGAGAAGAAGAAGAAGUGCAUGAUUUAUUCGUGACGCCGAUGCAAUUGAUGACCGAAAGUCUCGUGGAGGAGAUGUUCGAGGAGGCGUGCAUCGGCGAACUUCCUGAGGAAACUCUUUUUGCGUUGGAUGGAGUCGAAGUCGAGGAUUAUACGGUAGACUUUUAGAACCUGGGCCCGCGGAUUCUCAAAACUGUUCUGUUAAAAAGUUCUAUAUUGCAGGGCACAAAAGACGUGCACGUGAUUCCGACGUUCGUGCGCCCGACGACCGAGACGAUUCGCGAAGAAUCGGCGUCCCGGUUCGCCGCCGACCGCAAACCGCCGACGGACUUUGCGCGGAAGGCGGUCAUCCAGCCGGCAAAGCUCGAAAAAGUGCAAAUCGGAUCGAAAGUGGACACGAAAAUGGCGCCGAGUGAGGAGGAGAAACGGAAAAAACGGGAGGAAGAGCUGGAAAAACAGAAAAAAGAGACGGAGCGAAAGAGGAACGAGGAGGAGGCGAAUGCUGCGAAGGUGAUUCAGAAACUCUCUUUGUUUUUUAAAUUCAAAUAAACGUAUUGUGAAGUUUUCAGUUUCAAAAAGUAUUGUCUUCUGAAACGAAACAAAAAACUUUUUUUGCAGGAAGACAAAUCGGCUCUGCGUAAAUCGGCGCUGAACAUGAAAGAUGAGGACGCGAAGAUAAAAGUGGCCACUGAUGAGGUACUUGUUAAGAAAAAAUAUGAGGGUGACAAUUUAAUUUCAGAAAACCGCCGCCCAAAAAGCACGUCGUUUCGGCACAGUCUCUGCGAUGGCCGGAAAAUUCGAUGAGCCAGAAAUUGGGACGACGAGAAAAGAGGAAAAGAAGGAGAAAAAGGAGCAGGGAGUGCUGUGA